AUGGUUUUGCAAAGGUUUCAACAUACACCAAAUUUAUUGGAACUGCGGAAGUGCUUGCUGUAUGAUCAUUUUGUGAAGGAACAUGUUUGGCGGUCGAUAAUAUCUUCAGGCAGUUCUGUCAAGCAGUGCAAGAACGCAGUCAAAAAUUUUGUUCUCCAGUCGAGAGCCAUCAAAUUCGUGCUCUUCCAUGUGCAGAAUGGGUCACGAUGUAAGAUGGAGCUCUGGCAAUCGUAG